AUGACUAUUUUUCCUAAAACCACCUCCGCCUCGCUGAUCCCCGAUAUGGUCAACCAGAUCAUUGACGAUGGUCGCUUAGAGUUGGUCGAGAAGCUCGGAGAGGGAGGCUACGGCGUCGUCUAUCGCGCCAUUGUCAUCGAGUCAACGUCCUCGUUGAAGCCAACGGAAUAUGCCGUCAAGAUCCUCGCGAAGGCCUGUGAGCGUUCGCGUGAAUGGCGUCUCCAGCGACGGGAAAUCGCUGCUCACACACUCGUUUCGGAUCAUCCAAACAUUCUCACCCUACAUCAAGUCAUUGAAGAUGAUAACUUCAUCUAUCUCGUCGUGGACUAUUGUCCCGGCGGCGACUUGUUCAGUGCCAUCAUCGACCGCCACGCGUAUUCCGAGAACGAUGACUUGGUGAAGAAGGUCUUCGUGCAAAUCCUCGACGCCGUUCAUUCAUGCCAUGAGAAGGGCAUCUACCAUCGUGAUCUCAAGCCUGAUAAUAUCCUCUGCAUGAAUGAAGAGGCGUCAGAGAUUGUCUUAGGAGAUUUCGGAUUGUCAACGAAAUCCCGCACGAGCACGACCUUCGGGUGUGGAAGCUCGAACUACAUUAGUCCCGAGUGCAUAGGGAAGGAGUGCAGAUACCGUCCAUACUCCCCCCGUAUCGCGGACGUUUGGGCACUUGGUGUCAUACUGGUCAACAUGAUCGCUGGCCGUCACCCAUGGAAUAACGCUGCCACGGACGACAAGUGCUUCAUGCGCUUUAUGGUCAGGCCCGGAUUUCUACGCAAGAUGUUGCCCAUCUCCAGAAGUGCCAAUACGAUCCUGCGAAGGAUUUUCACUCUCGAUGCCGGCUUGCGCAUCACCAUCCCAGAGCUGCGCACGGCAAUUCUGAAGGUCGAUACCUUUUUUAUGGCCCAGGACGAGAUCGAGAAGGGAAAUCGGUUCCUGCGGUUCGCCGCGGCCGCCUAUGCUGCAGAUCGAGCCGACACCGUCUGCUCCGCUGCCAUCACGGCGUUGCGCGAGGACAACGAAAUUCAAAUUGGAUCUGAGCACAUAGCAGAUGAAUUCAUCGCGGAAGACGCUCAGAGCCACCUUAGAAUCGCCGGAGGUGCAGGCACCACUGCCUUCGACUCUGAGUCUGAAUCCGAGUCGGGCGAGGAUAGCGACGGGCUCAUCACCCCAGAGAGCCAUGCUCAGGAUUCUGCAAGUCUAGUGAAGGUUUCCAAGGUGUCAGACGGGGCAGACGUGGGUAUCGUGGACUCGCCAGUGAUCAGAAAAAAACAUGAGCAUAUUUUGCCUGUAGAAUCACUUAUAAAGCGUCUCAAACACGUGGCCUUACGAUAG